GUUUAUAAAUAGGAAGAGGAAGAGAAAAUAUUAAUCUACACUUAGUUUAAAUUACCUUAGUGUAACAGUUCAUGAAGCUUUAUAAGAUAUGUCGACUAUGACUGGAACUGCAUGCUGUUUAGCUUUAAUUGUUGCCGGUGCUUUCAGUAUUUCUGUAAACAAUGGUAGAUACGAGGAUAUUAAUAUUGUAAUCCAAGAUACAGUUGCAGAGAAUGAAAUACUCCUGGAAAGAAUUCAGGAAGUAUUUACCAAAACAUCGCAGAUGCUUUUUCAAGCGUCCAAGCAACACGUUUAUUUCGGACAAAUCAAUAUCAUAUUACCCAAAACUUGGAGUUGGAAACCGGAAUAUACAGGUGUCCCAGCACGUUCUGAACUAGAGUCCUAUAUUACUGUUGAAGAAGGAAAAGUUAAAACUCCUCAAACAAAACGAAAGAUAAAGAAGUGCGGCUAUCCAGGACGGUACAUAUAUCUUCACACUGACUUCUUGUUCACAAAAGGAAAAACAAAGUGGGGAUAUCAUGAGAACGUUCUAGUACACGAGUGGGGACAUUUUAGAUGGGGCCUGUUCGAUGAAUACAGUAUGAGAAAAAAGGAACGAUUUUAUUUGGACAAGGGUGUAUGGAAUCCAGUGAGGUGCAGUAAGAGUGUGAAAGGGAAGGUUGGUAAAGGAACUCGGUGUAAUAGUGAAGAAUCGAAAUGUGAUUCAAAAUACACGAAGCAGGUGAUGCACAAACAAUGCAAAUUUUGUCCAGAUGAGGCCCAGACAAAAUCCAGUAUGAGUUCAAUAAUGGCAUUCAACUGGAUGGAUGCGGUUUCUACGUUUUGUGACAACGAAGAUGACGAAACUGUUCCUGCACACCAAAGGCACAACAGGAAGGCCCCUAAUAAACACAAUUUGAAAUGCGGUGGUCGAAGUGCGUGGGAAGUAAUGAGAGAACACGAUGACUUCGAAACAGUACCAUUGCCGGCCAGCACAAACACAACGCCUAUAUUCAAGAUACUCCAAGAAACUGACGGCUAUCGUGUGUUUGUACUAGAUGUUUCCACAAGUAUGAAGGGUACAAGAAUUGCAACAUUGUAUCAAGCAUGCGAGUAUAUAAUCCAAACAAAGAUUCCUGAUGACAGCUGGCUGGGUAUUGUUUGGUUCUCUACCAGUGCUUCAACAAAGAAACAUCUUACUAAAGUUACAUCCCAGCAAGUUAGGGAUGCGCUUAUAGCUGCAGUUCCAAAGAAUGUCGUUGGAAACACAUGUAUUGGAUGUGGCAUAAACGAAGCCUUAAGUAUUUUAUCGAGCAAACGUGGUGAUCUUGGCGGAUCCGAAAUCAUAGUGAUUUCAGAUGGUGAAAACAAUCGUGGUGACCUUGAUGCGUCUAUUGAAAAUGCCAAAGAAGCAAAUGUAAUCAUACAUACUAUUUCUGUGUCGCAAGACGCAGACGAAAGAAUGAUAUCGAUGGCAACUGCAACAGGAGGCAUACACAUAUCUUACCUCGAGACCGGAACUAUAAGUUUUGCAUCCGUUUUUAUAGAAAUACUGUCCAGUGGAGUGACCUCCUUUGCAACUGAAUCAACCACGCUUUUGUCAGAGAAACUGGACUCCUUGCCGUCAAAUACCGUUUCAUUCAGUUUUGACAUUGAUAGUAGCGUUGGAAUAAAUACCACUAUCAGCAUACUGCAAGGAUCCUCCACGAAUAUAAGAAUAGAUGUCCAAAGUCCAGAUGGAAUGGUUUAUACCGAAGAUACUACUGGAGACAGCCUGAUACUGGAUAUUCCCGGCACAGCUGUGACAGGGAAAUAUAAUGCGACAGUAACAACACAAACUUCGUCGUCUUUUGAAUAUCACGUAACGUCUUUGCCUACAGGCUCCGAAGUCGUGCGAAUAUCCUCUUGGGUAACUCCAAUAAAUUUAGACUUUUUUACUGGUGAUUUACCUGUGAUCGAAGCAGAUGUUAUGAAAGGAAGAGCGGCUGUUUUGAAUGCAAUUGUGACAGCAGUUGUAGAGACAGGUGGAUCAGAAUUCUGUGAAGUUGCAUUACUCGACGAUGGAGCCGAUCCUGAUGAUACUAAAGACGACGGAGUUUAUGCCGGCGUUAUACCAAGAUUCUGUCUCUACCAGAACGGUCGCGUUAGUGCCAAGGUGUACGCUCGUGGUGAAAAUGGAACAACAUCUGUACAGGAUGUCUUUAGUGGAGCUGGAAGUCCUGAUUCAGAUGAGGAUGUAAACAACACUGAGGUUCUUCAGGACAACUUCCAACGAGUCAGUCUGUCCAGUGAGAUUUUAGUAUCGAAUUAUUCAAGUACAAUUGCAAACCAAGAUAUUACUGCACCUGGCCGCAUAACAGAUGUAUCUAUCAUAGACAUUUUCACGGAGAAUACACAAUACGGCGAGAGUAGAAACUUUACCAUCACGUGGACGGCAACCGGGGAUGAUAUAAACGUUGGAAAAGCCACGGAAUAUGAACUGAGAAUAUCUGAUGACAUAAAUGUCCUGAUAAAUAACUUUUCUAAUGCGGAACUGCUAGAUGUCGUAAAUGCAAACUUCACACCAAAAGCCGCUGGGGAAGUUGAAUACAUCAGAAUAGAAAUCGAUGCAGAAGAGUCAUAUACGUCUACAACAUUCUUUGGUGUAAAGGCGAAAGACGAGGCUGAAAAUGCAGGCGCUGUUUCUAACAUUGUUUCUAUACUUGUCGCCAAUGGAUACCGAAUCAAAGUAGAAGGUGAUGUGGUUUACUCUCCUACCAACGUUACAGAUAAAGAUAUCACACAAGAAGAAAAGAAGGAGAAUCUUACAGGACUUGCUAUUGGUGUUUCGUUUGCUGCUGCAGCUGUUGUUGCAGUCAUUGCAGUCAUUAUAUUUGUGUACGUGAGGAAACAGAAACAGAAAGCUCAUGAAAGUAGUGUCAACUUACCAAGAUAUAUUCAUAAUUGAUUACAUAAACAAUAAAACGUUAAAUUAGACAGAAAGAAAUUACUUUGUUAUUUUGUGCCGCACUAUUUAUGAAAUACACCAUGAUAUACAAUUUUACAUGUACGGUCAAUAUAAAGUGAUUUCUUUCGUUAUUCAUUUUUGUAACACUUUUUCUUUAUAUUUAGUUAACAUUAAAGUUUUAUAUCGUUUACGUACUCAAGUAGUUUGAAUUCCAGUGAAUAUUCAGUAUUCCUACAUAAAACUACUUUUUCAAAAUUUUUAUAGUGUUUUUAGAAGACAUUAAUAAUAAAAAAUUCUUUAAUGUUGGCCAUCUACAAACCUAGUGUUUAAGGAAUUGUUUACGUAUAAUGUAAUACUUUGGACAUACAAGUAAACAAAUGGAAUUCAUUAGUUCGACUAUUCGAAGAAUAGUCUAGCUAUUCUACUUACCCUGGUGUCGGCUCUUCGGCGUCACACCUUGGUAAAAGUUUUGCAUGCAACUACAUAUGGCUUUCAUCUAAAGACUUAUAGCUUUGAGGUUUAUUUUUUUUCUUUUUCUAGGUCAAUUACGAACCUCACUGGGUCAAGUCCCAUAACUCUGACAUGUAUUUUUGGCAAAUUAUGCCCCCUUUUGGACUUAGAAAAUUCUAGUUAAAAUUUUACAUGAGGGUUUCUAUCUUCAAAACUAACGAGGAUAUUGAAUUGAAACUUCACAUGUGUUUUUGGAGUUAUAAAACUAGAUGAUAGCAUCAAGUCCCAUAACUCUGACAUGCAUUUUGGCCAAGUUAUGCCUCCUUUUUGGACUUAGAAAACACUUAUUAAAGUUUAGUCGUACAUAUAGAUAUUUAUUAAAGGCAUAUGGAUAUGAAACUUAUUUUUUUUCUUUUUCUAUGUCAAUUACCAACCUCACUGGAUCAGGUCCAACAACUGACAUGCAUUUUGGUCAAAUUAUGCCCCUUUCUGACUAAGAAAAUCCUUGUUAAAGUAUUGUGUGCAAAUUACUAUCUGCAAAACAAAUGCAGAUAUUUAAUUGAAACUUCUCAUGUGUCUUUUGGGUUAUAAAACUAUAGUUGAUUGCAUCCAGUUCCACAACUGACGUGCAGUUUGGCCAAAUCAUGUUCCCAUUUGAACUUAAAACUUCUGGUGAAAGUUUUGCAUGCAUGCAAGCUCCGAAGCUGAUGCAGUUUCUGGAUUGAAACACUAUAGAUAUUUUAACAUUUAGGGUAAUAUUCCUGCUUCUGGGACAACAAUUCGAAUAGUCGUGCACUGUAAACAUUUCCUAUCUUCUCUGGUCUUAUCUACCUUUUUUCAACUGGUAGAUUUUGCGGUGGAUGAAAGUCUGAAUUUUGUUAGAAUUAUCCUUCAUUUGUUUCUAUUUAUAUGUUUUAUAUACUCUUCUAAAUCAAAACUUUAUUUAUAUAUACUAUAGAAAGAUAACAUGUUUGAAUUGUUGAUAUUUUAAUACCAUGUUUGUAAAUGCUAAUUUUCUUGUUUUAAUUAACCAGAAGUAUAUUGGUUUAAGCACAAAUUGGACAUAUCAUUUAAUAUGGUUGCUACUUUAAAAGCUUAAUUAUUUCCAUUGUAUGUAAUAUUAUUAUCUGCAUUUUUGGUAAAUGAUACAUUUGUUUUAGUAGACAGAUAUUCUCUACCUUUAGUAUUUUAACCAAUAUUUAAGCAUUUCAACAGCAUCACUUCCAUAAAAUAUUAGCAAAAACACCACCGGUUGCUAAAUUAUGUUGUGAGAAAAUCCAGAAUUUUAUAUGUUGGUGUUGUUCAGCCUUAGAAAAAUAAGUUCAAAACCCACACAGAUUCCAUCAGUGUUUAUUGGAUCUGAUGCGAAUAAUUCAAAUGAAAUCGGGACCAAUUUAAACUUGUUAGUAAUGUCUUCAAAAAAUGCAGACUUGAAUUAGAUUAUUAUUUAUUACAGUAACAUCGUUGUUUUUUGCUGUUGUUGUUUGCAUAUUUAGAAACAGACCAAGCUGUGAACACACAAGAAUGAGUCAGUGUAUGAAACCGCUAAACUAAAAAUGUCUGUCGUAAUGAAAAUAUUAAAAAAAUCAAAAUUACAUUCCUAAGACAUACUGCUCUUCCCUUAAAGAUGUUCAGGGGUAUAUUUUUGCCAAAUUUUCUUAAUUUCUUACAGUUGAAGUGUAAUUAAAUACGAGUACUUUUUCAUUCAAAUAGAGGUAUCUUACUGAGGACAGCAUUAAAUGCAGCACUAACUAAGUCUAUACUGUAUAGUGUUAUAUUGGUAUAUAGUUAUUUUGUAAUUAGUGUCGUAUUUACUAUGGUAUGAUUAGGUCAUGAAUUUAUUUUUUAAGAUAAAAUUAUCCCGCGCGCGCGACAUCCUAUCUCGAGCGCUCGACAUCUUAUCUCGACAUCUUAUCUCGAUAUCUUAUCUAUAGCGCUCGACAUCAUUUUUUUGUGCGCAUGACAUCUUAUCUCGAACAUACGACAUCAUACCUCGAGCGCACGGCAUCUUCUCUCGAUCGCUCGACAGACAUGAGUGCAUUAGUCAAUCUUAUUUUUGGCGCUCGACAUCUUAUCUUGUGCGCAUGACAUCUAUACUCAAUCAAACCGAGCCCGGAACAUUUUCGUUUUUGCUGUGUUGAGCGACCUGUGGAGUUUCCUCUUUUUUUCUAUUUUAUUAUCACAGCAGCGUUGUUUGUACCGUGUGGCAGCCGUAAAAGACCUCCCGGUACAUUCAAUCAGCUUUGAUAGCUUUGGGUAUUGUAUGAUCACCCCUUGGAUAUGGUGCGUAUUUUUAGAAUAUUUUUUGUAUUUGUAGCAUGUGUAAAUGUUAAGUUCUGCUCAACCCGGGGCUAGUGGGCGUAGACGGUAGCAUGCAUUUCUAAAACCGUCCAUGAACAGGCUCAAUCAAACCGAGCCUGCAACAUUUUCGUUUUUGCUGUGUUGAGUGACCUGUGGAGUUUCCUCUUUUUUUCUAUGUUAUGUCGAACGAACUACAUCUUAUCUUGAGCAUCGCACGAGAUAAUUUUAUCUUAAAAAAAAGUAUACAUGUCAUAAACAUACCAACGUACGUAUUGGCAUUUAUUAAAAAAAAAUGUUCUCAUGUGAAUCCUUCAAAAAUGAAAAUAAUACAUAUGCACCUCCUGAUAUCAGACGGAAACUGUUACCGGUAUAGUCUGCGGCUAUUUAGCAGUCAGUCAUUUAGAUUCAGUUUUAACCAUUAAAUUAAUAGUUUGAUAAGUUUAUGCGACAUAUAUUUACAAAAGUUGAAGAACAGUAUCAGUACGAAUGACAUAAUAAGAUAUUAACAGAACCGAAAGCAUCAAGACUUAUUCUUUGUAUUAUCAAAUUAGACUGACAGCCCUGAUAAUCACUUGUUUUAAUACGACCUAUAUAAAAACUGCACUCGAUUAUCGAAAUAACUGCAUUAUUUAUUGAGAAUAUACCGUUGUCAGUGCUUUUAUAUAUACUGUAUCUGCUCUACGUCACAUGAACUGGCCGAUUGAACUCGCGGUGGGCGAGCAAGUUUGAACCUCUGCCUGUUUCCACUCCAGCUUCACGAUUUGUGCACACACACUUCAGGGGCAGUCUAUUCUAAAAUGUUCCUAUUGUCCCAAUCAUACGUUCCAUGGAAUACCCACAGAAGAAAGAAAUCCUCUGACAUGUGAAUAUCAAAUACCAGCAUGAAUCAUACCUGGUAAUUAUUAGUUCCGUGAACAUAAAUUUAAAACAAAGUCGAGCAUAGUCAAAUAUUGACCAAAGGCGAUAUUGUAUUAUUAGAUUUUUCAACCUUUGACCAAGGUGUCAGGUAAUAAAAUAUUUUAAAGAU